CGCUGCCCCACAGAUGCUCGCAGUCCUCGGAUCCGGAGUAGCCUUCUGUUUUUCCACAGGGCCCUAGGGCGGUGUGGCGUUUGCUGUGAUUCUUUGCUUUGCUCCCCCACGUCUCACCCGCGGCGGUGAUUCGCACGGGACAGCGACGGGCAGCCCGCACGGCUGGGCUCCAGCCGACAGGCUUGGGAGUUACUGUUGACAUAAGCGUUUAAGCCCCUGUUCUGAGCCAUGGCCUCAGCAGUCCUCAGCUCUGUGCUCACAACUGCCUCCCGCUUUGCCCUGCUGCAAGUGGACAGCGGCAGUGGCUCUGAUUCUGAGCCUGGGAAAGGCAAAGGGCGGAACAAUGGGAAGUCUCAGACUCUGGGGAACAAAUCAACCGCCAAUGAGAAAAAAAGGGAGAAGAGGAGGAAAAAGAAGGAGCAGCAGCAGAGUGAAGCAAACGAGCUCAGGAAUCUUGCUUUCAAGAAAAUUCCCCAGAAAUCCUCCCAUUCUGUUUGCAAUGUUCAACAUGAGAUUUCAUUGCCAAACCCAGUGCAGAAGGAAUCACGGGAAGAAAACUGGCAAGAAUGGAGACAGAGAGAUGAGCAGCUGACCUCUGAAAUGUUUGAAGCCGACCUCGAGAAGGCGCUGCUGCUGAGUAAGCUGGAGUACGAAGAGCACAGACAGGAUUAUGAAAAUGCUGAAAACGCUUCAACUCAGACAAAAGUUAUAAAUAAGAAAGAUAAAAGGAAGAACCAUCAGGGAAAGGACAAACCGCUCACGGUGUCACUCAAAGACUUCCAGUGUGAAGAUCAUAUUAGUAAAAAGACAGAGGAAUCGAAUUCUUCUCAGCCUUUAUCACAUGAUGGAGGCUUCUUCAAUAGACUGGAAGAUGAUGUUCAUAAGAUUCUUGUUAGAGAAAAAAGGAGAGAGCAACUUACAGAGCACAACGGAACAGACAACUGUCCUGCUCCAGAGCACAACCAGGAAGUGGGUCUAAAAGAUGGAAGAAUUGAAAGACUGAAGUUAGAACUCGAAAGGAAAGAUGCAGAAAUUCAGAAGCUGAAAGCUGUGGUCACUCAGUGGGAGGCAAAAUAUAAAGAAGUAAAAGCAAGAAAUGGACAAUUACUGAAAAUGCUUCAGGAGGGAGAGAUGAAAGAUAAGGCUGAGAUCCUUCUGCAAGUGGAUGAAUCUCAAAGCAUCAAGAAUGAGCUGACAGUCCAGGUGUCUUCGCUUCACGCCGCAUUGGAACAAGAAAGAUCUAAAGUGAAAGUAUUACAGGCAGAAUUAACCAAAUACCAGGUAUGUCUUUAUGAAUUCUGAUGUUUUCUGUAUGGCCACAUUUAGAGUAGGUACAGUAAAAGAGUGAGUGUGCUGUUUUAUUUUCAAGCCAUAAACUAUUUGCUAGAUAAUAUUGAUGA